GCAAAAGGUUGUCAGAUUGUGAAAUGUGCGUUCAAAUACAUUUGUACCCGAGCAAAGUAUUUUAUAUAUAUAUAUAUUUUUUACUCACUGAAUAAAUCUGCGUGGACCAGAUUGACGCGCUCUCACCACUAUUUAUUGUUUCUGCAGUGAGGAAUUUCUCUCUUUAGAGAAAUGACUUGUGUGCUCCAAAAAUAAUCGUAGCAGUACGCAAACCAUGGAGUCAAACGUACGGCUCUUUCACCACUGCGAUUCGGUUCCCGACGUUCAGCAAAAAAAUAUCCGUUCAAAGGAGCCGUUCCCGAACGAACCAUCACUACUUCCUUUCUCGCAAUUUCUUUCCAUACAGCUACAUUUCACGGGGCUAGCAGAGCAAUAUAACAGCCAUUUAAACGCUGAAUCUGUAAGUCUAGCUUUAAAAGUAUAAUCGGAAUCCAACACAAACAUGUCACACACCAUUCUGCUUGUCCAGCCAACUAAGAGACCAGAGGGGCGAACAUAUGCCGACUACGAGUCAGUCAACGAAUGCAUGGAAGGUGUGUGUAAAAUGUACGAAGAGCACCUGAAGAGGAUGAAUCCCAACAGUCCCUCCAUCACCUAUGACAUCAGCCAGCUGUUUGACUUCAUUGAUGACUUGGCAGACCUCAGCUGUCUAGUGUACCGUGCGGACACUCAGACGUACCAGCCGUACAACAAAGACUGGAUCAAGGAGAAGAUUUACGUGCUCCUGCGGCGUCAGGCCCAACAAGCUGGGAAGUAAAGGCAGGCAGGAAGGGGGGUAGCCAAGAGCUUGCCCCCAUUGCACAGAUCUAGGGUCAGUUUGCUCUACCACGGUCAGAACCCAAACCACUAGGAGGUAAAAACCCUGAUUCUGGAACAGUGCAUGGGGGCAACUUCAUCAGAUGGGUGUAGGGGUGGGCCUUGGUUUUAUUGGUCUGGGUUAUUACUGGGCUGUAUGAAGGGAGGGGGACUGUGGCCCUGUUCGAGUACACACAAAACAAAGUGCAGCCUCCCUUCCUUGAGAAUCACAGAUCUAGAAGUGAUUGGAUAGAUGCGAGCAAGGUUAUCAACCUAUUGCUUUCGCCAAUCCAACCAGAUCAGUGAGUACUCCAAGGAAGGGAGAAAACAACUAUGUUGAAGGUAUUCGAAGCAGGGACUGAUCUGGGGGUGGGGUGACGGGACAGUGAUCUAUGGGGUGGGGCUUGGGAGACAAGCCUGUGAUUUGUUUGGGUCUAUUUGUGGGAGGGGCUAGUUGCUUGGUGAAGAUGGAUCUAUUGAACAGAAGAAAAACGAGCUAAAAACAGGACAACUAUUUAAGUACUGUUUUUCUUUCAGCAAUUGUUUUCCUUUCUGUUCAAGGAAGAUGGAUAUGAGUGACUAUUUGCUUAGUUUUUAUACAUUUUAAGGGAGAAUUGUAUUGUAACAUGCCACUAAGGGUGUGAUUUGUUCAUUUAAAAAAAUGAAAUUAAAAUGUUGAUUUUUGAUUUAGUGUGAUAUUAGUGUCAGUAGAUUAAUUUCCAUAUUUGCACCUCUUACUGUCAUUCUCAUUUUAAACCUGUCUGUUUUUGUAAAUGUAUUUGCCUGACAUCUGAUUUCAUGUUCAUUUUGUUAUUUUCUCUGAAUACAGGAAAUUAACUAUUGUUUUCAGA